AUGGCAGAGAAUAAGAUAUUAAGAGUUCAAAAGACUUUAAGGGCUAAAUACCAGAAAUCUGAACAACAGAGGUUAGCCAGGAUUACACAAAAAACAGCCUCAACUACUUUGGUUAAGCCUCAUGAUGAAGUAGAAUCAUUACCUUCUCCUCAGUAUAACGAUGGAGAGGAACAAAGAGAAGAUAUCAGAAGUUCUUUUCUGUUAGAAAAUUCUACAGCUAGCUCUCAGUCUAAAAAGAAAAAGAAGUUUACUAGUUUGUUUAGAUGAUGUUUUGGAGUGAAACAAACAUCUGAAGUGAAGCCUUAUAAUAAAAUGAGCUCAUUGGAUAAGUCUAUUAGUGGUGAACUGCCUUCAGCUAACUUGCAUAUGAUCAAGAAUAAUUCGAAUUAUCGUAGACUAAGGUCAGAAAUAAAUCCUCAUGGAGGUUUGCGAUCUAAGUUAAGUAUUCCGACAAAGGAAGAGUACAAAGAGAAUACUAAAGCUCAGGGAAAUUCUUACUUUGAGAGUAAUUUAAGUAUGCUGGGCCAGCAACUUAAAGAGAAUAAAGGUAGAAAAACCUUAAUCCUUUGUUUGGAUGAAGUCCUGCUACAUUAUCGCAUUGGAGCAGAGGAAUCUGGAGAUGGAGAUUAUGAAUUCUGUUUAAACAUGAAAGGAAAAGCUAGGAUUAUAAAUGUCUUCAAACGCCCUCACCUUGAUGAGUUCUUACAAAAGAUGUCUGAAAUUUAUGAAAUAAUAUUCUUUUCCAAUAAACGUGAAGACUUUGCAAACCCUGUGAUUAACUUCAUUGACUCUAACAAAGUAGCUGCUGGUAGGCUCUAUAGAGAUUCUUGCAUAGUAAAAGAAGGAGUCUUCAUUAAAAACAUUAAAAAAUUAGGAAGGAAUAUGAGCUCUAUUGUAGUACUUGAUAAUUACUCAGUUUCCUAUCUCUAUAACAUUGAAAAUACUGUUCCCAUAAAGUCUUGGUACGGAGAAAAUAUGGAAGACAAUGAAUUAAAAGAUAUGUUACCGAUACUUCAAUCCUUUGCUAAAUUGAAAGAUGUUAGAACAACUAUUGCAAAGAUUGCAAAAGAAGUGCAGGGAGCUAAUUUACCUAUCAAUAUUGAUCCAAAAUAUCAAGGGGAACUUGAAAUAUUAAACAAAGCAGGGAAAGGUCUUGAUAGCCUUGUACAGGAGAACAAAGAAGAGGCAUCAAGUGUACAAAGCAAAAGAUUCAAGGAAACUCUGAAAAAUGCAGCCCUCUUCACUUGUUGUCAAAUAACCCACGGAGAGAUGCAAAAGUACUCCAAUAGGAUAUUUAAAACGAAAGGUGAUAUUGAUAAGACUUUGAACCAGAGUUUGAUGUCAGAAUCUGAAAUUGGGUUUUCUCAAAGACAGAGCAAAGCCAAACCUCAUCACCAAAAGAACUUUAGCACUCCAAAUUAUAUCGAUGGUAGACCUAAAAUUUUAGACAAAGACAAUAUUAAAUGCUCUAAAGAGGAUAUGAAAUUUAUGGAAGUCGAAAGCGAGAAUAGUUUCAUGAACCAGUUCAUCAAAUACCUAGUACAGUCACGGAUUCAGUGGUUCAAUCAAAAGAGUCUUUCAAAUCAAUUGUCUCUCAAAAAGUAGAAAAAGAGAAUGAUAUCAUGAAGAGGAUAUUUUCUUUUGAUAUCAUAUAAGCAUUUUUAAGAUACGAGCAGAUAUUGGUAACUUCUUUCUAGGCUACAUUGGUAGAUUUUAGAUAAAAAUUAAAAUUUACUACUAUAAUUUUCAAUCAAAA